AUGGUGCUUCUACACAAAAAACAUAUCCAGAACCGUUUUCUUUUCGCCCUGCCUCUCUCCCACACCAACCUCUCUUCAGUACUGCUGGCUCGGCCUGAUCUCUACGCUCUGUCCGGUUGCAACUUUCCUCUGAUUACAUCGCCCGUCUGCCCAGCUCUGUCGGCCCCGAGCUCCAAACGACUGCCCGGCUCACCGACAACCACCUCGACCUCCUUUGCUCCACCACAAACCACUCUUCCUGGCACCGAGGCCGAUACAAGCCUCACGACCGGCCAGCAUUGUCAACCGGCCGCGCCCUAUGCCGGCUCAGGCGUCUCCAUACCGUCGAGUAUGAUGCCGCCCGGAUCCCCACCCGUUCAUCCCACGACCCCAUUAGCCGGAUUACCGAGUGCCCUCUUCCAGACCCUUCCCAGUCAUUCGGCAUCACCGCUUCCAAUUGGACUUUUCUCGACUGUCUAUUCUCACAUGCCUUCGUCUUCCUCUUCUGCCGCCUCGAUCUCCUCUUCCUCCGCCCCUUCCGCCUCCUCCGCCUCCUCCGCCUCCUCCGCCUCCUCCGCCUCCUCCGCCUCCUCCGCCUCUUCAGCCUCCUCCUCCUCCUCUUCGACUGAGGACCGUAAUGAUGCACAGCACCGACCUAGUUCGAUUCAGGCACCCCAAUUCCCUGCGUCCGGUCUGGAAAUGUCCAAUUCCCUAGGCCUGCCAACCACCUGUACCUCCAGUGGGCUAGGCUGCCAAGGCGACAGCUUGGGUCUCCCCUCAAAGGGACAGGGAUUGGUACAGAAUGCCGAAGCUGCCGCGUAUGCACGCUGUCUCGGCUUUCCCGCGCCCAAUGUUGCUCCAUUUACCAGCAUCUCUGGUCUGCCACUUAGCUCGUAUGCAUCAUCACCGCCGUCUUCUGCCUCUUCUUCCUCCUCUUCCUCGUCCUCUUCUUCCUCCUCUUCCUCAUCCUCUUCAUCAUCAUCGUCCUCUUCUUCAUCUGCCUCAUCCUUCGUGUCUGCCGACGGAGCCGUCCUCGAUUUGCUCAGCGGCAAAUUGUCUGGAGGAGGCGGCAAUUGUCAGUCCGUUCCCAGAACGUCUGUCCUCCUUAACCAACUUUUGGCUGCCCUGGCGUCAGCACACAAGAUGGCCUGUCCCGAAAUGUCCGAAUGUCCGCCUCUGCCCGUGUCCAUGACUGCGACUACGACACCGCUUGAUCCCGUUGCCUCAAUCGCCUCAGACAGCCUUGCCUCAGACGUAGCAUCCGCCCUGCUCGACUGUAGAUUCCGAACUGGCGGUUGGCCACGCCUGCCGGCCGGUCUCGAGCCCAGCUCGGCUCAGGCUGCUGCUAGCGUCGGCCAGUCCGGCUUCACGGACGACUAUGAAACAGCGACGUCACAAUCCUCCGACACCUUUCGCCGGCUGCCCAUCUGCUCGCCUCGCAAUACCGGUCCACGAGGAUCCGAUGAUACCACAAACGGGUUCACGGCUGAAUCUAUACAACCAGACAUGGUCACUUUCCCGAGCCUGACAACCGUCGAGACAAAGCCUCCCCUGGACCGAGUCUCGCCUCCUUUGGGUCUCUUGGCCGGUCUUGUCAGUCAACCUGGGCAACAACAGUCGCCGACACGUUGUAGGGACCAACGCGUCGACAAGUCGCAGUCCAAAUCGACUGCCACUCUCGCGUUGGCAACAAACACUCUGCCGACGCCACUUUGCGCAUCCGCAACACAAGCACCAACAAUAGCACCACCGAGCACGCAACCACAGCCUCCAUCACAAUCGACAGGCCAGGAGAAAGACGGCCUCCCCAUCGGAUUACUUGUCCCCCCAGGCGACGGAAGCAAGCGAUGCUCCUUCUGCAACAAACAGUUCACCUGCAGCAGCGCAUUGCGCAUCCACUUCCGCAAGCACUCCGGUAAGUAA